UAAACAACGUUCAAAUUUUCUGAGUGAGAAAAAUAAUUUUAGCGAAAUAUUAAAUUGAUUUGUGCGAAUAAUUUUGUUGAAUUUUGUAAAAGUGUAAAUAAAAAAAAUGAAAGCACCUGCAAUUGGAAUUGAUUUGGGAACAACAUAUUCCUGUGUUGGUGUGUGGCAACAAGGACGUGUAGAAAUAAUCGCCAAUGAUCAAGGAAAUCGUACAACACCAAGUUAUGUUGCGUUUAGUGACACAGAACGAUUAAUUGGCGAUGCAGCGAAAAAUCAAGUGGCUAUGAAUCCACAAAAUACGGUAUUCGAUGCAAAACGUUUAAUUGGACGCAAAUUCGAUGAUACAAAAAUACAACAAGAUAUGAAACAUUGGCCAUUUCGUGUGAUAAAUGAUUGUGGUAAACCGAAAAUUGAAGUUGAAUUUAAAGGUGAACAGAAACGUUUUGCUCCCGAAGAGAUUAGUUCAAUGGUUUUAACAAAAAUGAAGGAAAUUGCCGAAGCAUUUUUGGGUACAACUAUUCGCGAUGCAGUUAUAACAGUACCAGCAUAUUUUAAUGAUUCACAACGUCAAGCGACAAAAGAUGCUGGAGCGAUCGCUGGUUUAAAUGUACUAAGAAUUAUAAAUGAACCAACUGCAGCGGCUUUAGCUUAUGGUCUUGAUAAAAAUUUGAAAGGUGAACGAAAUGUCUUAAUUUUCGAUCUUGGUGGUGGUACUUUUGACGUGUCUAUACUAACCAUCGACGAAGGUAGUUUAUUCGAAGUGAAAUCUACAGCAGGAGAUACACAUUUAGGCGGAGAAGAUUUCGAUAAUCGUUUAGUUAAUCAUUUAGCUGAUGAAUUUAAACGCAAAUAUAAAAAAGAUCUAAAGGCUAGCCCCAGAGCAUUACGGCGGUUACGCACGGCAACUGAACGAGGAAAACGUACAUUAUCUUCAAGUACUGAAGCAUCUAUCGAAAUAGAUGCCCUUUACGAAGGUAUCGAUUUUUAUACGAAAAUUUCUCGUGCACGAUUUGAAGAACUUUGUGCCGAUUUAUUCCGCAGUACACUCCAGCCUGUGGAAAAAGCCCUUACUGAUGCGAAACUGGAUAAAGCACAAAUUCAUGACGUUGUUUUGGUUGGAGGAUCUACACGAAUUCCUAAGAUACAAUCUCUAUUACAAACAUAUUUUUGUGGAAAACAAUUAAAUUUAUCAAUCAACCCAGAUGAAGCAGUUGCAUACGGAGCUGCAGUUCAGGCAGCGAUUUUAACUGGUGAUACCAGCGACAAGAUCCAAGAUCUGCUUUUGGUUGAUGUGGCGCCCUUAUCACUUGGAAUUGAAACUGCUGGUGGUGUUAUGACCCAUAUUAUAACACGUAAUAGUCGUAUACCAUGUAAACAAACUCAAACCUUUACCACGUAUUCGGAUAAUCAACCUGCGGUGACAAUUCAAGUAUUCGAAGGUGAACGCGCCAUGACUAAGGAUAACAAUUUGCUAGGUACAUUUGAUUUAACUGGAAUUCCACCAGCUCCACGUGGUGUUCCUAAAAUUGAAGUCACUUUCGACUUGGAUGCUAAUGGUAUUCUUAAUGUAACCGCAAAAGAUAACAGCAGUGGUAAAUCGAAGAAUAUUACGAUUAAAAACGAUAAAGGUCGAUUAUCACAGAAAGAAAUUGAUCGAAUGCUUGCUGAAGCUGAAAAAUACCGAGAAGAGGAUGAACGCCAACGUGAGCGUGUAGCUUCGAAAAAUAAAUUGGAAACAUAUGUAUACAGCUUAAAACAAGCUGUCGAUGAAUCUGGUGAUAAAUUGGCGACUAAUGAUAAGGAAACAAUCAAAUCUGAAUGUGACAGCGUAAUUCGUUGGUUGGAUAGUAAUUUAUUGGCUGAUAAAGAAGAGUUUGAACAUAAAUUUGAAGAGUUGAGUAAAAGAUGCUCACCAAUUAUGACGAAAUUACAUCGGGGACCUACAAGUGGUGAUGCUCCUGGAGGAUGUGGUCCGCAAGCCGGUGGUGGGUAUCCAGGAUCACAACAAAAUAGUGGUGGUCCAACAAUUGAAGAAGUUGAUUAAUUUUUUUUUUUUUUUUUGGAUUUAAAUGUUGUUAA